UUUUAUCGCGUCGAUUAAAAGCCCGAAAAUAGUUGUCCACUCCUUGUCUGCUGCUCAUAUUUGUUUGUUAAUGAGAAGAAAACCAUCGAAUCUUCCUGGUGCACGAUCAUUUGUAGGGAAUAAUCGGAACGUUGUCUGUUUGCACUCGCUUCAAAUCACAGCGGGCGAAGCGAUCGAUUGGGUAGAGAGCCUCCCAGCGGCGCUGGUGCUGGCCAUCGAAGUAUACCUUUCAUGUUGAGCUCUUUAGGGUCGGUUUUUAAGUGAAUUUGGCAAACUCCUGGUGAAUCGUAUCUAGUCAAGCUUUCUGCAACCGGUUCGAAACAAUGGGACGAAAGAAGAAGAAGGCGUCGAAGCCCUGGUGCUGGUACUGCAAUCGGGAGUUUGACGACGAAAAAAUCCUGGUCCAGCAUCAGAAAGCGAAACACUUCAGAUGCGACAUUUGCCACAAAAAGCUGUAUACGGGACCCGGUCUCUCCAUACACUGUAUGCAGGUGCAUAACGAAUCGAUCGACAAAGUGCCCAACUCCCUGCCGAAUCGGUCAAACAUAGUGAUUGAAAUCUACGGCAUGGAAGGUAUACCGUCGGAGGAUAUCCGAGAGCACGAGAAGCAGAAGAAUGGUAAUCGGUCGGAAUCGGAAGAGGAAGCUAGUUAUGCUGUGCGCUCGAGCACCAAUCUACAACUGUGACCGAUGCCGAACGCCGGCGGCCAUUCGACCCCGAGUUGGCCGGGACCGUAGUAGUAAAAAUAACAACAAUCACAACGUCCCAUAA